GUCUUCACUCUAUACGAGAAGACAGUCUAUGUGCAAAGUUCCAAGGCACACGGAAUAAUACACGGUAUAACUCGGUCACUGAAAGAGAGCGUACGUGCGCGUCACACGCUUAUAUUUUAAUACAUCUCGAGUAAAGAAAAAAAAAGAAGCAAUCGAAGUCCCCUUCGAUAUCUCGUCUUUUGCCUUUUCAAGUUAUCGUCGAACGCUUUAUUGCGUUCUUACCCUUGCGGGCAACCCCCCGAACUUGCCAGUGUUCUUGAACGCGAAGCGCUCGUUUCGCACCGCGCUGUUCGUAGUGUCUAACGCACGCAGUCGCGCCAACGUUUGUAAUUCUACCUGCUGCCUGUGCGAGAAUCGAGGACUUGCUGCAUCAUAGGAAAACCAACGCACCCGCGGAAAUAAGAACGAGAAGGAAGGAAGAUUGCCUGAAACUAGUUUACACGAAUCUCGUGCCUAUAUACAAAUAAAAAUGUCGAGUCCGCGCCCACGCACAGAAAUGUGCUACUACAUGAAAAUAAUUGUCAUUGGAAUGCUCAUGGUUACACUGUGCUACCCGAUUUUCAUUGAGGCGGCAGCGAUUCCUUCUGAGCAAUUUAGUGAGCAACUACAGCGCAUGGCACUGCAGGAUAUAAAAAAUAUAAGAAUUUCACGAUCAUUGGAGGACAAUGAGGAAAAUGUGCGAAAUUGUUAUAAUGGGCCUUGCGGAUGGGCGGUCUAUCAUAAGCAUACGCGCAACGUCGAAUAUUUCAUGAAAAACGCUUGUGAAUGCGCGGAUGAAACCUACAAAUGUGUGCGCUCUGGUGACGACCUGUCUGCGAGCGCAUACGUAUACCGCUGUCGUCAGAACUCAACGUCAGAUGACGUCUUGCCGUUGGAAGACACCAACUGAGAUGAGGAUAGGCAGCAUCGUCACGGAACUCGUGUCACACAACUACCUUACAAUCACCGCUAUCGGCGCGGCGACGCGCAUCGCCUUCGUUAUCCACCUUUAUGAUCCAUCGCGGAUUACUUUAGGACAGAUUAGUCUUUUUCCGGACCGUACGAAAACAUAUCUUCCCUCUAUCCACUCGCCUCGCUACAAUAAGGAUUGUGACAGGUGCUCGAUUGAUCAAAGUGAUACCGGUUCCUCAUUAUCAAAGUUUGAAUUAUUACGAGUACAAACGGAGCGCUGCUGCCAGGCGCAACGAAUAUAGUUAAUCCCAUUAUUGGACUAAUAAUUUUACAAGCAGAAACAAACUUUGAAUGCUGUGUGUGUAUGUAUGUAUGUGUGUGCGUGUGUUUUGUGUAAAAUAUAUUACACAUUAGUAUUCGGUACAAAUUUUCACAUCUUAAGCUCGCUCGAUUAACACUUAUCGUUAAUGUUAAUUUCUUCCAAUGUAUCUAAAUGAAAACUAAUAGUCACACAACGAACCGCCACCGACUAUUUAACCUCUAUAGUUUUCCUAUUUUUAUUUAUUUUUGCAUUAUUGCAAUGUACUUCAAAUUUCAUGUCUAUCUAUCGAUUCGAAUUAAUCAUUGAAAAUCGAAAAUCUGUGCUGUAUCCCUAUCGAUUUUAUAAUUAUUAAUCAAACGCGCAUCGAAUUACAAGGAAUAAUGACGACAACUUUGCGAAAGGAAAACAACCAAGAUUUAUAACAAUCGAAUGAACUAAAUGUUGAAAAACUUGAUCAUUUCUUGCAUAGUUGCAUAUAGGUUCUAUAGAUCCGAAAGAUUUACGGAUGCACUAUCUAUUAUGUAACUAGUUAAUUUAACUACAUCUUACGACAUUAUUUAAUAAUUAUAUAGAAAAAUUGUAACGACAAUAACAAUUUUACACAUAGUGUUACCGACGUCUAUGCGUUGAGUUGACAGAACAAAAAGGAAGUUCUAUUCGCGUAAGCACACUAUUUGCGUUUAUCAUUUGCGCAUCAAAUUACAAUAUUCAUACUUCGUACUUAUGAUUAGUUCCCGUAUAUACCUCGUAAAUCGUACGUUUAGUGCUGCUAUCUCAUCCUGAUCGACAGUCUAUUCGAUUUAUUCGAUACGAUUUUCAUUUUCAUGAAUAAAACGUGAAAUUAAAUAAGCUAAUUCAAUACUUA